AAAUCUUUAGAAAUAAUGAGGCACGCCGAAUCCAAACGGCUUCCCAAAAUGGAAACAGACGAGAUCCUGAGACACGUGUCACAAUAUUAAUAACCGCUUCUAAAGUUGAAUAAAGGCGCGCAACGAGCACUCUCACAGUCUCACUUCUCUACUACUCUUCUUUCGUUUUCAACGGCAAUGGCGGGACCGACUCGGGACGCGAUCGACACUUUCAUGAGAGUCACCGGCGCGUCUGAAUCGCACGCCGUGCAGAAGUUGGAGGAAUAUGAAUUGAAUCUUGGCGAGGCUAUAAACGCACAUUAUUCUGAAGUUGAAAGACAUAUUUCUACUUCUGUAUCUGUUGCUUUUCCACAGCAAGGGUUUGUGAAUACAAGAAUUCAAACACAAAAUGGUUCCCAUGGGCCGUCACCAUUUCUCUCUGCUGCGAGAAAUUUUAGGUUAUCAUCAUUGGUACCGAAUCCCAAUUUUAGGAGAAACAUUGUGAACCAAAUUGGUUCUUCUGUUUUCGGUAGGCGGGAACCACGAUAUCAACAUACAGGAGGAGACUACAACCCUGGUUAUGGGCAGCCUUAUCAUUCAGGACCUAUGCCUGCCUUUGACCUUGCAGAUGUAAGUUCAUUGCCGCAUAAUUAUCAAUCUCAAGAUAAUCUCUCAAGAGAACAUGAAGCAAACCUGCACAGUGCUGAUAUAGAAGAACAAAUGGUUCAGGCUGCCAUAGAGAAUUCUAAGCAGGAGGGAAUAUCUGGUCUUUCACGAAUGCAUCCUAACCAGGAAGAUGAUGAACUGGCUCAUGCAAUGUCAAUAUCCCUGAAGACAGCAGAGCAAGAAAAGGCAAUACGUGAGCUAACAAGACAGGACCGUGACCAAAUAGUUCACAGUUCAAAUGCUAGGCGAUGUCAGCCAGGAAGCUCAUCAUUUCAAGGGGGAGCCGAAAAAUUGCAAGAAUUGUCAUUGUGGGAGGGUGUUUCAUCCAAGGAGAUCGAGGAAGCAAUUCUUCUUGAGAAAGCUAUUUUCGGUAAAACUCUUAAGGAAGCUUCAUACGAGCAUGGCCCUCAACCACCAAGUACACCAGGAAAAAGUAAAGGUCAGAAUUCACACCAAGUAGCUGGGAACUCAUCUGAAUCGCUUAGGGAAAAGAGGCUACUUAGAGAACAGCAGGAUGAUGAAUAUUUCACAUCUCUUCAGGCUGAUAAAGAAAAGGAAAGGAAUACUGUCAAGGAACCUGGAUCUCCAGACGAGAUGCUUAUUGAAGAGGCUGUGACUGAAUGUGAAAGGCUGAGGGCUGCAAAAAAAGCUUUGCUUCCUAAAGAACCGACAAUCAACGAUGAGAAUGCAGUAACUCUUCUUGUUCGCAUGCCAGAUGGUGACCGCUGCAGUCGCCGUUUUCUCAAGUCUGAUAAGCUUAAGUUUCUUUUUGACUAUAUGGAGGUUGUUAGAGCAGUGAAGCCUGGAACUUACAGGAUGGUUAGGCCAUUUCCGAGACGUUCGUUUUCUGAAGCUGACAGCUCACUGAGUUUGGAAGAACUCGGUCUCUCCAAUAAACAGGAAGCUCUGUAUCUGGAAUUCAUAUAGAAUACCAAAUGUAAGAUCACCCCUGUAUUUUGUUUCGGUCUUUUUGGUUUGAUAACAGUACUCUGCUGACUGAAGCUAUUGUAAUUGACUAAAACGGAUCAGGCUGUGUAUGUUGAACACAACGAUCCUGAAUCUGACUAUGUUAAAAACUAAAUGAUACUUCGUAGGAACAAUGUUCUGUUUUAAAACUACA